GUGAGAAGUCGACCCAAACCGAGACCUUGUUUCUCGCUGUCUCACCUUGGAACACUUGUUGGUCAGAUAAAUCUGGUACCAUAAGCUUCUCUUUGCGGUCUCUGGAUAGUUCUGCUUUCUCUUAUCCCUAAAUCACUAAUCAUACUGUUCGACGCUCGUCUUGAGUCGUGUUAAGCAAACGAACCGCGCCGCUCGCUCCCGCUCUUCGCCGCAUUCAAAAGCGAGACGAGGUCUGUGACGCCCACGGUCUCCGCUUCUUGUAUGUCUAGUGUUAGGAUCGAACACCUCUAGUAAUCUUGCAGGAUAUUCAACAUUGGCGCCUCUAAUCCUAUCCCAAGCUGCUCCCCAUUCCUUGUUGUGGCGGGAUAAGCUUAAGUUCCAAGGAAUCCUUCGACGACUCUGGCAGGCGAGGAGUGCGCCGAGACGUCCCUUCGGGUGGCCUUCUGGUCGUGCCGGAGCCAUGGCUCCUGGUUCCGCCGAGAAGAAGGCUGAGAAGUCAUACUUCGCCUCGGCUGUCGACUCGAUUAACCCCUGGGCCGCCAACCGCAGCACAACCCCGACUCCAAGGGAUCCCCAGCCGCCAGUUCCUCCAUCACACCCCAACGACCAUACCACAAAUCCAUAUUAUGGACAAUCUUUCCGGCGCUAUCCGCCUGAUUGUCCACCGUUGAACGUGCAAUGGUUCCACGCUGCCGAUGUCCCUAAGCGCAAGCCGAGAUUUUUGUUAUCCAAGAACGGCCGAAACAUCAAACCCUUGCAGCCCAAGAAGUUUGUCCCCUUUUCCGUCGAGGACUCCCGCGCGAUCGAGAUCGCAUACCAGACCAAGCUCGAGGAUUUGGAGGAAGAAAGAGGACAGAACAGAAGCGAUGCCGCGCUCCGAGCUGGACUUAAACGUCCCCGUGGGACUUCUCCCGACGCAUCGUUGAACGCGGACUCCCAACCCUCCAAAACAAUGGUUCCGGUAAACGAGGACUUCCUGUUUGACGUCAACAUCGAAGAUCGCGAACUUGCUCCCGUUUACUGGGAGGGUCCCGUGUACGAGGUGCGCCGGGGAAGCUGGUUUUACCAAGAGGGAUCCGCCCUCCGCCCCUGCGAGGAAAACUUGGCCGCCCAGCUCGAGGAGGGCUAUCUCAAGAUCAAGCCUUGGCAGUAUCCGGCAAGGUCGCGCAGCAACUCCUCGUCCAAGCCGGUUGCUCCGAAAGCCUCGGGGGACAAUCAGCAGGCUGCCGCGGACGCUCAAGAUGACGCUUCCAAGAAGGCGCCCCUUGCGCCCCAGCAUCAGCCACAGACAUACCGCCUAUUUGGAGGCUACAUGAAUAGUGUCGUGACGUACGAAGAUUCAAGUACCGCCUGGCUGUCAUCAGAGGGGAUGCUAUCUUGGGUGACAUCUACAGUGUAUGAGAGAUUUGCCGGCGGCGGUUACAUGGGGGGGGUGAAGCUCGUCCGCGGAUAUUCAGAGCCAAACAAGGUUAAGGAAGACAAGCGGCCGUCGACCCCAACCGGGACGGAAUCAAGUUCAAAGGAGCGAGGCGAUAAGCUGUCCAAGCCGCUCAAGCGACGAUCUGCGCCGCCGUCGGGCACGGGGUCAGAUGCAGGGAACAUCAAGCAGGAGGCUCCGAACGCUUUGGAGAGUACCCGGAACCGCCUAACCAGACAGCUUUCGAACUUGAUGGAAGGCGUUGAGGACCCAGACAGGGAGGAAGAGGCCAUUCGCAAGCAGGAAGAGAAGGAGAUCGCGGGGGACUACAAUGCCAGGGUCGACGAGAACCAAGGUCGAGACAUCGAGCACCUUGUGCUUGUUACUCAUGGAAUUGGGCAACUCCUAUCGCGAAGGAUGGAGAGUAUCAACUUCGUGCACGAUGUCAACGUACUUCGAAAGACCAUGAAAUCGGUUUACUCGGCUUCGGCCGAUCUGCGAGCGCUGAACUCUGAGAUCAACGAGCCCGGUCCAGGCAACUCUCGCGUCCAAGUAUUACCUGUUUGCUGGCGUCAUCUUCUCGACUUCCCUAAGCGCAAGCCGAAACGAGGCGAGCGUGACCUUGGGGAAGCAGUUGAUGAAGAAGGCGACUACCCUUCCCUGGAAGACAUCACUGUUGAAGGCGUCGCGUUCGCAAGGUCGCUCAUCUCUGACCUCGCCCUGGACGUUCUGCUCUACCAGAGCGCAUACAGGGAGCAGAUCGUCGAGAUCGUGCUGCGAGAAUCAAACCGCAUCUACAACAUUUUCAAGAAGCGCAACCCUAACUUCAAUGGCAAGGUGCACAUUGUUGGGCACUCGCUAGGCUCCGCCAUCAUGUUCGACAUCCUCUGUCGACAGAAGGAGAUGAGUAGGGUUACGGAGCCGCCCAGGAAUCCCCUUCGGAUCUGGCCCAAGUCCGAGGACCGGUACGAGUCCAGGGAGCCCAAGGAACUCGCCUUCGACUUUGAAGUGGACGACUUCUUCUGCCUCGGUUCUCCCAUCGGCCUCUUCCAGAUGCUCAAAGGCCGCACCAUCGCAGCCCGGACCCUUUCCCACGCCAUCCCCUCAGAGAGCCCGCUCAACCCGGACUACAUGGACGACCCGUUCCUGGACGCCCCUACCCAGUCCUACUCUACCCACCAGCGCGUCUCCCCCGUGACGGGCCUCCCCUUCAGCGUCUCGUCUCCCAAGGUCGGCCAGCUUUUCAACAUCUUCCACCCCUCGGACCCCAUCUCCUAUCGCCUCGAACCCCUCAUCUCGCCCGUCAUGAGCACCCUCAAACCGCAGGCCCUGCCCUACACCAAGAAGGGCAUCUUCGGGUCCGUCGCGCCGCAGGGGCUGACGGGCAUCGGCGCAAAGGUGGGCCAGAGCGUUUCGGGCCUGUGGAGCAGCCUCAGCGCGGGGAUUGCCAGCAACCUGCUCAACCGCAGCCUGGGGUUGAGUAAUGAGGACGUAGCGAAGAUUACGGCGUCGCAUCAGGAACAGCAACAGCAACAGCAGGGGCAUGUCCUGAGCCCUGGCGCGGGGACCAACGUUUCUGCGGGCGUCAUCCCCGCGGAGGGCAGUAAAGUGCUGAUGGACGCUGAGAGGAGUGAAAGGACGGCCGAGCGAAUGCGGCAGUUGGCGAGCGGUAGAGAGGGCGGCAAUGGGAAGGAGGCGACGCUAAUUGACGACGAGCUGGAGACCCUUUAUAGUCGGUUCCAGAAGAACAGGGUUGCUAUCGCGGCGUCGUCCUCAUCGUCCAAAGAGAUGGAUACAGAUGGAGAGAAGGAUGCUCCCAAUUCUGGCAAGGAAAGGGGGACGGCGACGACGCUCAGUCGUGAACAGUGGCUGGAAGAGGAGAGGAAGGCGCAGCGGUUGCGACGGGAGGAAAUGAAGAUCCGGGCGCUGAAUCAGAACGGGAGGGUGGAUUAUUGCAUUCAAGAGAGUGUGCUUGACUAUAAUCCGCUCAAUACCAUUGCUUCGCAUAUGAGUUACUGGGCAGACGAGGACGUCAAUCAUUUCAUGUUGUCCCAGAUGCUGGCAAGCAAGGACAGGACGCCAAAGGGUUGAAAGUGAUGAUCAGGAGCGGUUGAAUGGAAGGGUGGUUUAGUCCACGGCGUGAAGGAGAGUGGGCUUUGCAUGGCGAAGGGCUAGAAGGUGAUAGAUUACCGGUUCAACUUAAAUUGAACGAAUGUACUUGUG